CCGCUUAUCUUUAGCACCGCCGCGGAUUACAGUGCGCAGUGUGUGGACGGACCCGGCGCUACCUGCUCGGCUCUUACCUUUCCGCUAAAGCUUCCCUCGCAUAGCGAAACAAAAAACAAACAAACAAAAAAAACAGUACAUUAUACACGACGAAAGGUGAUGGGGGAAUGACAACAACACCCGUCCCCGUCUGCGGUUCUCCGUCCCCGACAAGACCGAAGGAUGCUGCUGCUGCCGCUCUCCAGCCCGCGGUACGGACGCCAGCGCCGGGCCUCGCUGCUGCUGCUCGCCGCGGUCCUGCUCUGCGUUGUCUCCGUCGGCGCUAGCCUCCCAGCUCACAGCAGGUGCCCCGGCCCUAUAGAAUGUGCGAAACAAAGACGCCACUUCUGCCAGCAUGGCUCUUCCCACUGUGGACGCUGCAUCUCCCCACUGAGGGAGAACGAGGAAGGACACUGCGUGCUGAUGAGGCACCGUCAGCACGGUAUGAAGGAGAAGACGCACACAAGCACACUCUCACGUGACCCGCACUCACGACACUCACAAACUGUGCUUUCAGGCAAAAUGACAUCCUACGCUGACUUGGAUGAAGAAAUCGAUUUCCUUGACUCUGUCAUUGAAAAACAGGAAGUGUCAGAGGUGAAAACACCAGAAAAGCAAUCCAAACAUCCUGCUGACAUCACCCCUCAGACAGAUGUUAAGAAUAGCAAGACAGUUGCCUCCAAACACCAACAGCAGAACCAGUUGAGGCUCUCAGCUGAAACCCAGCAGACCACCACUGCAGCCCCACGCCCUGUAGUUACUGCCCUCCCCAGCACCCCGACCCCCCAGCCCAGAGUUACAGGAACCGGGGGCCGAGGUGGGCCAGUAGCCGUGCCAACACCCAAGAACGACAGCAUCAUCGUCGUUAUUAUCUCGCUGUGUGUGGUGGUGGGCACCGUGGCAGUGAGCGUGGCUACCGUCUGUUUCAUCAAGUUGCAGAAGGAAUCACGUCUUGCAGAGAAGGUGGAUUACCCUGCCUUCGGAGGGGUAGGCGUGCCUCCUCCCCCAGCCAGCGGUACUGUGAUGGGAGAUAAAACUCUGGCCCAAAAUGCUCAAAUGUAUCACUAUCAGCAUCAAAAGCAGCAGAUGCUAUCAAUGGGAAACCACAAACCUGAACAGAAAGCCAACGACAACGAGGUCACAUCAGAUGAAGAAGAAGUGGGAGGAGACUUCACAGUUUAUGAGUGCCCCGGACUUGCACCAACUGGUGAGAUGGAAGUGAAGAACCCUCUGUUUGAUGACUCCACUAUACAUUAUCAGGGGAAUCACAAGUGAAUGCUGAACACUUUACAUACGCACACACACACACACACAGGCACACAAGCCAUUUCUCCUGUAAGAAACCUCUUGAUCUCACACUGCAUGCAUGGAAAUGAAGGAUUCUGACAGAGGAUGAGGCGAUCAAAUGAUUGUUUUCUCGUCCGUCCCUUUACUGUAUCGGCUUUUAUCAAACGUAUGUUGGAUUCCUCGUUAAUUUAUUUCCCUCACUGUUUUGAACCAACCCUGUCUUCUGUUUUUUUAAUGUAAGAUUCUGAGUCCUCCCGGAAACGCACCGAUAGGUGUUUGUCCUGUUUAAAUGUCAAACGCUAAAUUAAGAUUGCCUCUUCCGCCUUUGUUUCCGUCCUACAUUUCUGCAGCUGUUUCCAAAGAAUGUGUUACAAUAGCAGAAACAUGUACCACACAGACAAAUAUACAGUCACCUCCAAAAGUAUUGGAACAGCAAGUUCAAUUCCUUUGUUUUUGUUGUGUACUGAAGACAUUUGGGUUUCAGAUAAAAAGAUGAAUAUGACACAAAAGUUCAGAAUUCCAGCUUUUAUUUUGUAGAGUUUACAUCAAGAUGUGUUAAACAACCCAGGAAAGAUGACCUUUUCUUUGAGCCCACCCACUUUUCAAGUGAGCAAAAGUAUUGGAACAGACAUUAUUAAAUUAACUUAAAGUGAAUAACAUUUAAUAUUUGGUCACAUAACCUUUACUUGCAAUAACUGCAUCGAGCCUGCGACCCAUUGGCUUCACCAGGCUGUCAUUAGAAAUGCUGUUCCAGGCCUUUACUGCAGCCUCUUUCAGUUCUUGUUUGUUUCUGGCGGUUUCUCCCUUCAGUCUCCUCUUCAGGAGGUAAAAUGCAUGUUCUAUUGGAUUAUGGUCCAGUGAUUGACUUGGCCAGUCCAAGACCUUCCACUUUUUCCCCCUGAUGAAGUCCUUUGUUGUGUUGGCAGUGUGCUUUGGGUCGUUGUCUUGUUGCAUGAUGAAGCUUCUCCCGAUUAGUUUGGAUGCAUUUUUCUGUCUACCAUCAUGAGUUACAUCAUCAAUAAAGACUAGUGAGCCCGUUCCAGAAGCAGCCAUGCAAGCCCAAGCCAUGACACUACCUCCACCAUGUUUCACACAUGAGCUUGUAUGUUUUGGAUCAUAAGCAGAUCCUUUCUUUCUCCAUACUUUGGCCUUUCCAUCACUUUGGUAGAGGUUAAUCUUGGUCUCAUCAGUCUUAAAACUUUGUUCCAAAACCUUUGUGGCUGAUCUCUGUACUUCUUUGCAAAAUCCAAUCUGGCCUUCCGAUUCUUUUUGCUGAUGAGUGGUUUGCAUCUUGUGGUAUGGCCUCCUUCUCUCCAAGUCUUCUAACAGUGGAUUGUGACACUUUCACCCCUGCCCUGUGGAGGUUGGCAGUGAUGUCAGUGACUGUUGUUUUUGGGUUUUUCUUCACAGCUCUCACAAUGUUUCUGCCAUCAACUGCUGUUGUUACCCUGGGGUGAUCUGUUCGAUGUUUGUUGCUCAGUACACCAGUAGUUUCUUUCUUUUUCAGAACAUUCCAAACUGUUCUAGUGGCUGUGCCCAAUCUUUGUGCAGUAGCUCUGAUCGAUUUUCCCUCUUCUCUCAGCUUCAAAAUGGUUUGCUUUUCUCCCAUAGACAGCUCUCUCUGUUUGGUUAACAGAAAAUGCAGUUUUCACAGGUGAAAUCCAAAGCCAAAAACGAGAACUGUUUAAUGUCUCUGCAAUCGAUUUAAAAGGCAACACCUGGGCAACUAGAAACACCCAUCAGUCACAUGUUCCAAUACUUUCGCUCACUUGAAAAGUGGGUGGGCUCAAAGAAAAGGUAAUCUUUCCUGGGUUGUUUAACACAUCUUGAUGUAAAAACCCCGAAAUAAAAGCUGGAAUUCUGAACUUUUGUGUCAUAUUCAUCUUUUUAUCUGAAACCAAAAUGUCUUCAGUAUGCAACAAAAACAAAGGAAUUGAAUUUGCUGUUCCAAUACUUUUGGGGGUGACUGUAUGCGAGUUAAGCAAAAGUAGGUGCACUCCCUUGUUUUGUCAUGCAAAACUAGUGGCAAAACCACAUUCCUAACACAUGCCCACGGUCAGGAUCAGAAUCAUAUCCCUGUGAUACCUCUGUAAAAAAAACAUCCCCUAGACAAGGUUUAGCAUUAGAAGUUUUACCGCUGGUGUUGCUGAUUUUCUUUCUUGUCACAUAAGCUGCACUUAAAGAUUUUCAGAUUAUAGAAUAUACAGUAGAUAUAUUAAACAUAGAUGAAAAUGAAGUACUCGAUGAUGUCUGUUGCAUGGUUUGAUUGUACUGUGUUUGAAUCAUGGCGAUGCUUUGAUGAAUUAUCCCGCCUCCUGUAUAUAUGCAUCCUGUUGCUGCAGGAGGAAUGUCCAAGUGGCUUCUGAGCACUUGAAAUUUUGGAUUCGGGCUCUACAGACGGACACGUAGUUGGUAAAUGUCACUAUCUUGUAUCGUCCCUCUCUCCCAUCUGUCCUCUUACCGGCCCCAAGUUAACAUUGUGCUGAACAAUGUACAUACAAAGAGUGAUGGUGUUCACUUUUUAUAGAUAUUUGUACAUGCAAACUAAAGAUUGGAAUUAAAACUUUUUACUACAUGUGGAAAAA